ACAGCAAACACCAUGUCGCGCUUCAUCAGACGCAUCAUAAAUCGCCGCUCAUCUAAGCACCUGGAUUACGAGGUCGACGAUUCACCACAAGGCCCAGAGGAGAGAGCCACGAUCAACAACAUGCAGCGCAUCAAAAAGCCGAAAAGCAUGCCCUGGCACGCCCGCCUCUCUGGCUCCGACAUGACCAAACUCCUCAAAGGCUUUCGACCAUCCGACAUGGAGCAGAAAUGGGCCAUUGCCGCCAGUGGACCAGAUAACAAAGGCAUCAUUGACGUCCAUCUUUGCAGAAGCUGGACCGGGUCCGAGAUCUACACCGUCAGAGUGCGCGUCUUGACUAGUGAGGAUGGCAAGCCUGGCGAUCCCGAGAAGGAUGGAGGCGAGAUUUUUGAGAUUUUGUACGAGACAAGCAAAAAAUUCGACAACACAUGUGAGAGUGAGGUGGAAGAUAUGGCAGUUGCGAUCUGUCAGGGAUUUUUGGAUGUUGAGUUGAGGAAAGGACCUAAGCGGCCAAGGCCUCUACUAGAGGUUUAA